CCAGGGGGGCGCCCCAUGGACCUCGGCGGGGGUCGGACAACCCGUAAGUGGGUGUUGGAGGACCAUAGAUGGGGUUGGAGGACCCAUAAGUGGUGCUGGAGGACUAUGGAUGGGGUUGGAGGACCCAUAAGCGGGUGCUGGAGGACCAUAGAUGGGGUUGGAGGACCCAUAAGUGGGUGCUGGAGGACCAUAGAUGGGGUUGGAGGCCCCAUAAGUGGGUGCUGGAGGACCAUAGAUGGGGUUGGAGGCCCCAUAAGUGGGUGCUGGAGGACCAUAGAUGGGGUUGGAGGACCCAUAAGUGGGUGCUGGAGGAGCUUGGAUGGGGUUGGAGGACCCAUAAGCGGGUGCUGGAGGACCAUAGAUGGGGUUGGAGGACCCAUAAGUGGGUGCUGGAGGACCAUAGAUGGGGUUGGAGGACCCAUAAGUGGGUGCUGGAGGACCAUAGAUGGGGUUGGAGGCCCCAUAAGUGGGUGCUGGAGGACCAUAGAUGGGGUUGGAGGCCCCAUAAGUGGGUGCUGGAGGACCAUAGAUGGGGUUGGAGGCCCCAUAAGUGGGUGCUGGAGGACCAUAGAUGGGGUUGGAGGACCCAUAAGUGGGUGCUGGAGGACCAUAGAUGGGGUUGGAGGACCCAUAAGUGGGUGCUGGAGGACCAUAGAUGGGGUUGGAGGCCCCAUAAGUGGGUGCUGGAGGACCAUAGAUGGGGUUGGAGGACCCAUAAGUGGGUGCUGGAGGACCAUAGAUGGGGUUGGAGGCCCCAUAAGUGGGUGCUGGAGGACCAUAGAUGGGGUUGGAGGCCCCAUAAGUGGGUGCUGGAGGACCAUAGAUGGGGUUGGAGGACCCAUAAGUGGGUGCUGGAGGAGCUUGGAUGGGGUUGGAGGACCCAUAAGUGGUGCUGGAGGACCUCAGGUGGAGUUGGAGGACUCGUAAGUGGGUGCUGGAGGACCGUAGAUGGGGUUGGAGGACCCAUAAGUGGGUGCUGGAGGACCAUAGAUGGGGUUGGAGCACCCAGAAGUGGUGCUGGAGGAGCUUGGAUGGGGUUGGAGGCCCCAUAAGUGGUGCUGGAGGACUAUACAUGGGGUUGGAGGACUAUAGAUGGGGUUGGAGGACCCAUAAGUGGGUGCUGGAGCCCCAUAGAUGGGGUUGGAAGCCCCAUAGAUGGGGUCGGAGGCCCCAUAAGUGUCACUGGAGCCCCAUAGAUGGGGUUGGAAGCCCCAUAAGUGUCACUGGAGCCCCAUAGAUGGGGUCAGAGGCUCCAUAAGUGUCACUGGAGCCCCAUAGAUGGGGUCGGAGGCCCCGUGAGUGGGCCCUGGAGCCCCAUGGAUGGGGUUGGAGGCCCCAUAAGUGUCACUGGAGCCUCAUAGAUGGGGUUGGAAGCCCCAUAAGUGUCCCUGGAGCCCCAUGGAUGGGGUUGGAAGCCCCAUAAGUGUCCCUGGAGCCCCAUAGAUGGGGUUGGAAGCCCCAUAAGUGUCCCUGGAGCCCCAUAGAUGGGGUCGGAAGCCCCAUAAGCGGGUGCUGGAGCCCCAUAAGUGGGUUCUGGAGGAGCUUGGAUGGAGUUGGAGGACCCAUAAGUGUCACUGGAGGCCCUUGGAUGGGGUCGGAGGCCCCAUAAGCGGGUGCUGGAGCCCCAUGGAUGGGGUCAGAGGCCCCAUAAGCGGGUGCUGGAGCCCCAUAAGCAGGUGCCGGCGCCCCAUAAGCGGGUGCUGGAGCCCCAUAAGUGGCCCUGGAGCCCCAUAAGCGGGUGCCAGAGCCCCAUAAGCGGGUGCUGGAGCCCCAUAAGCAGGUGCUGGAGCCCCAUAGAUGGGGUCGGAGGCCUCAUAAGUGGGUUCUGGAGGAGCUUGGAUGGAGUUGGAGGACCCAUAAGUGUCACUGGAGGCCCUUGGAUGCAGUUGGAGCCCCAUAAGUGGGUGCUGGAGCCCCAUAAGUGUCCCUGGAGCCCCAUGGAUGGGGCCGGAGGCCCCAUAAGUGGCCCUGGAGCCCCACAAGCGGGUGCCGGAGCCCCAUAGCUGGGGUCGGAGGCCCCACAAGCGGGUGCUGGAGCCCCAUAAGCGGGUGCCGGAGCCCCACAAGUGGGUGCCGGAGCCCCACAAGCGGGUGCUGGAGCCCCAUAAGCAGGUGCCGGAGCCCCAUAAGCGGGUGCUGGAGCCCCAUGGAUAGGGUCGGAAGCCCCACAAGCGGGUGCUGGAGCCCCAUAGAUGGGGUUGGAGCCCCAUAAGCGGGUGCUGGAGCCCCAUGGAUGGGGUCGGAAGCCCCACAAGCGGGUGCUGGAGCCCCAUAGAUGGGGUUGGAGCCCCACAAGCGGGUGCCGGCGCCCCACAAGCGGGUGCUGGAGCCCCAUGGAUGGGGUUGGAGCCCCAUAAGCGGGUGCUGGAGCCCCAUAAGCGGGUGCCGGCGCCCCCCAGCGGUGUCCGUGGGGCGCAGGUGGACGCGCAGCUGCUGCUGGUGCAGAAGCUGGAGGAGAAGGAGCGGGCGCUGCAGAGCAGCCUGGCCGCCGUCGAGAAGGAGCUGGCGCUGCGCUCCCAGGCCCUGGAGCUCAACAAGAGGAAGGCGGUGGAGGCGGCGCAGUUGGCCGAGGACCUGCGGGCGCAGGGGGAGCACGUGCAGGCGCGGCUGCGGGAGCUGCAGAGCUGCGCCGCCGAGAACCGCGCCGCCAAGGACAAGGAGUCGCUCAGCCUCAAGAGAGCGCAGGAGGAGCUCUCGCGGCUGCGGCGGAAGCUGGAGAAGCAGCGCAAGGUCGAGGUUUACGCCGACGCCGACCAGAUCCUGCAGGAGGAGAUCAAGGAGUAUCGGGCGCGCCUGACGUGCCCAUGCUGCAACGCGCGCAAGAAGGACGCCGUCCUCACCAAGUGCUUCCACGUCUUCUGCUUCGAGUGCGUGCGCAGCCGCUACGAGACGCGGCAGCGCAAGUGCCCCAAGUGCAACGCGGCCUUCGGGGCGCACGACUUCCACCGCGUCUACAUCAGCUGAGCCCCAUAGCGACCCAUAGCGACCUAUAGUGCCCCAUAGAUACCCAGAGACACCCCAUAGAGCCACAUAGAGACCCCAUAGAGCCACAUAGACACCCCAUUGAUCUCUGCGGGCAGCUACAGGGCCCAUGAGUUCCACCGCGUCUACAUCAGCUGAGCCCCGCGGCGCCCCAUAGCGACCCACAGCGACCCAUAGCACGCUAUAGUGCCCCAUAGAUACCCAGAGACACCCCAUAGAGCCACAUAGAGACCCCAUAGGGCCACAUAGAGACCCCAUUGAUCUCUGCGGGCAGCUACAGGGCCCAUGAGUUCCACUGCGUCUACAUCAGCUGAGCCCCAUAGCACCCCACAGCGACCCAUAGCGACCCAUAGCGACCCAGAGACACCCCAUAGAGCCACAUAGAGACCCCAUUGAUCUCUGCGGGCGGCUACAGGGCCCAUGAGUUCCACUGCGUCUACAUCAGCUGAGCCCCACGGCGCCCCACAGCGACCCAUAGCGACCCAUAGUGACCCAGAGAGACCCCAUAGAGCCACAUAGAGACCCCAUAGAGCCACAUAGAGACCCCAUUGAUCUCUGUGGUCACCUGUGGGGCCCAUGGCUUCUACCGUGUCUACAUCAGCUGAGCCCCAUAGCGACCCACGGCGACCCAUAGAGCCCCAGAGACACCCCAUAGAGCCACAUAGAGACCCCAUAGAGCCACAUAGAGACCCCAUUGAUCUCUGUGGGCAGCUACAGGGCCCAUGAGUUCCACUGCGUCUACAUCAGCUGAGCCCCAUAGCACCCCACAGCGACCCAUAGCGACCCAUAGAGCCCCAGAGACACCCCAUAGAGCCACAUAGAGACCCCAUUGAUCUCUGCGGGCGGCUACAGGGCCCAUGAGUUCCACCGCGUCUACAUCAGCUGAGCCCCACGGCGCCCCACAGCGACCCAUAGCGACCCAUAGUGACCCAUAGAGACCCUGCAGUGCCCCAGAGAGACCCCAUAGAGCCACAUAGAGACCCCAUAGAGCCACAUAGAGACCCCAUUGAUCUCUGUGGUCACCUGUGGGGCCCAUGGCUUCUACCGUGUCUACAUCAGCUGAGCCCCAUAGCGACCCACGGCGACCCAUAGAGCCCCAGAGACACCCCAUAGAGCCACAUAGAGACCCCAUAGAGCCACAUAGAGACCCCAUUGAUCUCUGCGGGCGGCUACAGGGCCCAUGAGUUCCACUGCGUCUACAUCAGCUGAGCCCCAUAGCGACCCAUAGCGACCCAUAGCGACCCAUAGAGACUCUGUAGUGCCCCAGAGAGACCCCAUAGAGCCACAUAGAAACCCCAUAGAGCCACAUAGAGACCCCAUUGAUCUCUGUGGUCACCUGUGGGGCCCAUGGCUUCCACCGUGUCUACAUCAGCUGAGCCCCAUAGCGACCCACGGCGACCCAUAGAGCCCCAGAGACACCCCAUAGAGCCACAUAGAGACCCCAUAGAGCCACAUAGAGACCCCAUUGAUCUCUGCGGGCGGCUACAGGGCCCAUGAGUUCCACUGCGUCUACAUCAGCUGAGCCCCACGGCGCCCCACAGCGACCCAUAGCGACCCAUAGCGACCCAUAGAGACUCUGUAGUGCCCCAGAGAGACCCCAUAGAGCCACAUAGAAACCCCAUAGAGCCACAUAGAGACCCCAUUGAUCUCUGUGGUCACCUGUGGGGCCCAUGGCUUCCACCGUGUCUACAUCAGCUGAGCCCCAUAGCGACCCACGGCGACCCAUAGAGCCCCAGAGACACCCCAUAGAGCCACAUAGAGACCCCAUAGAGCCACAUAGAGACCCCAUUGAUCUCUGCGGGCGGCUACAGGGCCCAUGAGUUCCACCGCGUCUACAUCAGCUGAGCCCCAUAGUGACCCAUAGCGACCUAUAGUGCCCCAUAGAUACCCAGAGACACCCCAUAGAGCCACAUAGAGACCCCAUAGAGCCACGUAGAGACCCCAUUGAUCUCUGUGGUCGGCUACAGGGCCCAUGAGUUCCACUGCGUCUACAUCAGCUGAGCCCCAUAGCGACCCAUAGCACGCUAUAGUGCCCCAUAGAUACCCAGAGACACCCCAUAGAGCCACAUAGAGACCCCAUAGAGCCACAUAGAGACCCCAUUGAUCUCUGCGGGCGGCUACAGGGCCCAUGAGUUCCACUGCGUCUACAUCAGCUGAGCCCCACGGCGCCCCACAGCGACCCAUAGCGACCCAUAGCGACACACAGCGACCCAUAGCGACCCAUAGCGACCCAUAGAGCCCCAGAGACACCCCAUUGAUCUCUGUGCCCGGCUACAGGGCCCACGAGUUCCACCACAUCUACGUCAGCUGAGCCUCAGGGAGCUCCUGAGAGACCCAUAGUGCCCCAUAGAUACCCCAUAGUGCCCCAUAGAUACCCUAUAACACCCCAUAGAGACCCUAUAACACCCCAGAGAGACCCCAUUGAUCUCUGUGGUCACCUGUGGGGCCCAUGGCUUCCACCGUGUCUACGUCAGCUGAGCCCCAUAGCGACCCACAGCGACCCAUAGCGACCCAUAGAGACCCUGUAGUGCCCCAGAGAGACCCCAUAGAGCCACAUAGAUACCCCAUUGAUCUCUGCGGUCGGCUAUGGGGCCCAUGGCUUCCACUGCGUCUACGUCAGCUGAGCCCCAUAGCGACCCAUAGAUAUCCCAUAGUGCCCCAUAGAG